AUGACCCGAUCGUUGGCAACAGCUGCUGUCAACCCGCUCGCUGAGAAAGAUUGUCGCUCCAUUACACCACCCUAUGCCAAACUCAACGAAAACCUUGCCACCGUGCGACGUAUUCUGAACAACCGCCCUUUGACACUUGCCGAAAAGAUUGUUUACUCUCACUUGACCAACCCUGAAGAGACCGUGCCUGUCCGUGGCGAGACUUACCUCAAGCUUUCACCUGAUCGUGUUGCUAUGCAAGAUGCUUCGGCACAGAUGGCUUUGCUUCAGUUUAUGAUUUCGGGCAUGUCGACUACCGCCGUACCUUCCUCGAUCCACUGCGACCACUUGAUCGAAGCUUAUUCGGGCGCCGACAAGGACGUUGCGUCGUCGAUCGUUACGAACAAGGAGAUUUUCGAUUUCCUGGAGAGUGCUGGAAAGAAAUACGGUGUUGCUUUCUGGAAGCCUGGCAGUGGCAUCAUCCAUCAGAUUGUUUUGGAAAACUAUGCUGCCCCCGGUGGUUUGAUGCUUGGCACUGACAGUCAUACUCCCAACGCUGGUGGUUUGGGUAUGGUUGCUAUCGGUGUGGGUGGUGCCGAUGCUGUGGAUGCCAUGGCCGCUAUUCCUUGGGAAUUGAAGGCACCCAACGUCAUUGGUGUCAAGCUUACCGGUGCUCUUGGUCCCUGGGCCAGUCCCAAGGAUGUCAUUCUCAAGCUGGCUGGUCAAUUGACCGUUCGCGGCGGUACUGGUCACAUUAUCGAAUACUUUGGCGAAGGUGUCGACACUUUGUCCUGCACUGGUAUGGCCACUAUCACCAACAUGGGUGCUGAGGUGGGUGCCACCACCUCCUUGUUCCCUUACAACAAGAGCAUGCGCUCGUACUUGGGUGCCACUGGCCGUUCGCAGGUCGCCCAGGCUGCUGAUGCGAAUGCCCAGUUCUUGCGUGCCGACGAAGGCUCGGCCUAUGACAAGGUGGUUGAAAUCAACCUGUCUGAGGUCGAACCCCACAUCAACGGUCCCUUCACUCCCGAUUUGAGCACCCCGUUGAGCAAGUUUAAGGAUAUGGUCAAGGAGAACAACUGGAAGGAUGAGCUUUCGGCUGGUUUGAUUGGUAGCUGCACCAACUCUUCGUAUCAGGACAUGUCGCGCGCUGCUUCGAUCGUCAAACAGGCUGGCGAUGCUGGCAUCCACCUGGAAUCCAAGUUCCUGGUCACCCCCGGCUCUGAACAGAUCCGCGCCACUAUCGAACGUGAUGGUCAAACUGCUAUCUUUGAAGGUGCUGGUGCUCAAGUGCUUGCCAACGCAUGUGGUCCUUGCAUUGGUCAGUGGAAGCGCACGGACAUUGACAAGACCAAGAAGGAGGACAACGCCAUCUUGACCUCGUUCAACCGUAACUUCCGCAGCAGAAACGACGGUAACCCCAAGACCAUGAACUUCCUUGCUGCCCCAGAGAUCGUCACUGCCAUGGCUUUCUCGGGCAAACUCUCAUUCAACCCCAUGGUCGACACCUUGCAGGACAAGGACGGCAAGCCAUUCAAGUUCCAGCCUCCCAGUGGUGAUGACUUGCCCGGCCAAGGUUUCGAAACCGGCCGCGACACCUACGAGCCCCCAUCCCCUACCCCUACCCCCGACUCUUCCGUCAACGUUGUUGUCAACCCCACCUCUAACCGUCUGCAGGUCUUGGAACCUUUUAAACCGUGGAACGGUGAGGAAUUCAAAAAUGUCCGCGUCCUUGUCAAGGUCCAAGGCAAGUGCACGACCGACCACAUUUCAGCUGCCGGCCCAUGGCUCAAGUACAAGGGCCACUUGGAGAACAUUGCCGAAAACACCCUGAUUGGCGCCAUGAACGCAGACAACGGCCAAGUCAACGUGGUCCGCGACAUCACCAACGGCAACGACGACAGCAUUCCUGCGGUUGCCAAGAGCUACAAGAACCAAAACAUCCCGUGGAUGGUGAUUGCUGACCACAACUACGGUGAAGGCUCUGCCCGUGAGCACGCUGCUUUGCAGGUGCGCUACCUCGGCUGUCCUUUGAUCAUCUCGCGCUCGUUCGCCCGUAUUCACGAAACCAACCUGAAGAAGCAAGGUGUCCUUCCGUUGACCUUUGCUGACGAAAACGACUGGGAGAAGAUCAACGGCGGUGAUGUGAUCGAGACUGUUGGUGUCAAGGGCUUGGCGCCCGGCAAACCCGUUCAGUUGCUUGUCACCAAAGCUGACGGCAGCAAGCUGACGAUUGACGCCAAGCACACGAUGAGCGUGGAUCAGAUUGAGUGGUUCCAGAAGGGCAGUGCCCUCAACCUUAUCAAGGAAAAGGCUGAAGCAUCAUUAUUAUCAUCGUCAUCGGCUUAA